GGCAUUGCAUUUAAUUAUUUGACACAUUAGGGUGCAAUUAAAUCGAAAAAUUUUUAAACACAUGGGAAUUUGAGUAUUAUCUAAUUUGAGAUGUCCAGUCGUGAAGGUGGCAAGAAGAAGCCCUUAAAGGCACCCAAAAAGGAGGUCAAAGAAAUGGACGAACUGGAAGUGGCCCAUAAGCAGAAGCAAAAGGAGCAACUAAAAGCUCUCGAGGCAGCCAAACAGAAGGUAGCUCAAAAGGGCGGCAAAAAGAGGGCCAAGUGAGCCAAGUUAACUAAAAGGACACUCGCACACACACACACACCCCCAUUUACUUACACACACACACACGCACACGCCCAAUCCUGCUGCAAUAAAAUUGACUUAAAUUCCA